CCGCCCCCUUUCUCAGCCAGAAAUAGCUGCCGUCCCGUGGCUGGCCCUUGGCAUCUGGGCUGGAGCCCAGCACGGGUCGGGGCGAGCAGCAGGGAGCCCGGAGGUGCCACGGGGGGCCAGCCAGGGCCACUGAGCACUGGUGGCCACAGCUUGGCUUCAGCCUCAUCCCCAGGGCAGCAGGAGAGCAUCUUCAGCGCUUGGGGCAUCCCCUGGCCAGGCAGAGGAGCCAGGCAGGAUCUGUUCCCCUCCCAUAGAACUGCCCUGGGAGUGCGACAGCAAGUGACAACCAUCAUGAGACCAGGUCCUGAAGAUGCUUCCCCAGGGGCCCGGCUGGACCUGGGCAAGAAGAUGAGCACUCCGCAGGACCUGAUGAUCGAGGAGCUCUCCCUGCGCAACAACCGCGGCUCUCAGCUCUUCCAGCAGCGCCAGCGGCGGGUGCAGCGCUUCGUCCUUGAGCAUCCUGGCGGUAACAGGGAGCUCCCGGGGCUGGGGGCGGGCGGCUCACAUCGCACAGAAAAAGGUGGCCCGGAGGGAACGGCAAACGGGAGGAUGGCCGGGGAGGACGGGGCGGCUCAGCAGAGUUACCACUCGGAGCUCCACGUGGCAGCGUCGCCCCAGGGCGGCCCCCCGCAAGUGCCCAAGAAGUCAGAGAAAGUCUUACAGAUGAGCAAAAUCCUCAACCCCGACGCUCUGGCCCCCGGCUACUCGGGGCCCCUCAAAGAAGUGCCCCCGGAGAAGUUCAACACCACUGCCAUCCCCAAGGGCUACCGAUCCCCGUGGCAGGAGCUCCUCGGUGACAAGGACAGUGCUCUGCAUAGCAAAAUGCAGCUGCCUGUGAGACCCUCCCCGUGGGACUUUGUGAGCUUCAACAGGACUCCCGCCCCGUUCGACAAGGCAGCGCUCAGCGAGCUGUUCUACGUGCCUGCGGCGGAUCUGGACAACCUCAGCGUCCUGGAGGUGAUUGCUCACAGACCCAACUUCAACCGCGUGCCGCAGGGCUGGGUGCGGAUCCUCCCGGAGAGCGAGGAGCUGUAGCCCGAGCGCUCCUCCCCUUCACCAACGCUGCUCCUCUCGCCAGCCUCCCAGAUCCCUCCCACGGCACGGAGGGGGCAGGGAGUCUCCUCCGGGAGAGACAAGCUAGCGGGCUCGGGUUGCCAUCCUCUUCAGACCUCAAGUCUGGGACCAUUGUGCUUUCCUGUCGUCCCAGCCGCUGUCACGGGGCACUUAGUGCUAAGGAUCUCGCAAACGGCAAGCAGAGCCCCCUGAGCUCCCGCAGGAAACACCCCGCAGGGCCUGUCCCCUGGAAGCAGGCAGAGCCCCUCAGCUGCAACACACCGAGCUGUCCCGCUGCUUCCUCACCCACAUGUAAGACCUGCUCCCAGAGCUGGUGCCUUUGCAGGGAAAUUCCAUCUCAGCACAACCCCACGUCUGUCAUCCCAGUCAAAACAGCGAGAGGAGGUGAUGACUGAGCAGCAGCAGCAAAAGAAGUUACCAGAGACAUUUCAUGGGUUAAAAGUAGCUACCUUGGGCUGGGCUGGAUGACAAAACCAAAUGAGAACUGGGAAGCUGCCUGUUUACCAACACAGCACAGUCAAGAUGAGCAUUGGGAGCUGGAAACUUGGGCCCCGUUUUCUACAAGCUCCUGGCUAGCAGCUGGCAUUUCCCCUCCUGCUGCUGUUUGUAUGCCCUGCCAAAACAUCCACGCCUUCUGAUUGACUCAGCCAGAUCUGCUCCAUGGAGGUGGUGAGCUGGGAUCAGGCCCCGCUGCACUGCAGGGAGCUGCACCAGCGGGAAGCUCCUGCCAGGGGAUCCUGGCAGCUUCAGCAGCGGGGAUGGGAAGCAGAAGCAGUACAGCUGUGACCCUGUAGCAGGCUCAGGCCUCUCCCUGAACACACAAAUCACUCCUGAGGAUUCAGCUACAGAAACACCUUCUGCAGGGACACUCAGAGGGACUCAGCUACCAACAGGGCAGUUGUCAGAUCAUCUGGAGAACCUUGUGAACCCGCAACAGAUAUCUCUAACUUAGCACAGCCUCCCUACAACUGCUUGUGCCGGUUCUUACACUGCCCUUAUUUAAUGUGGCAAAAGCAGGAGCACUGGGAUAAAAGGUUUAUUUUCCACCACCAUGGUUAAAUGGGGCAAGUCAAUUUUGUGGUGAAGAGGGCAUUUGUAAGGCUGUGCAGAAGAAAGCCUACACAGGGAUCCUGUUGCUUGGCAGCUAACUUCCACUCCUCUGCUCUUCCCACACAAACAGGGGAGGACAAGCAAAUGGGAAAAGGUUCCUUCUUUAAACAUUAAAAAUAUAUGAUGCUCAGCUGCUGUUCUGUUCCAAACCCAUCUCUGCUCUUUGUCCAUCAGCUGAGGAGCCCUUGUACCCGCUGGGACCUGCCUGGAAAUA